UUAUAUAGCAAGGAACCUAACCACACAUCACAAAGCCCCUCCCGAUUGGCGAUUUCUACGCACAUACUCUCUCUCUCUCUGCUCUCUCUCUCUCUCACGCAUUAGCAGAGUUUGACUUCUCCAAGGCGGAUACAUGGCGACGGAUUAUGGGUAUCUUACUCAGUUCGUGGACGAGACAGCGUUUUACAACCGUAUCGUCCUGAGUCACCUUUUGCCGGCGAAUCUGUGGGAGCCUUUACCACAUUUCCUCCAGACGUGGCUCCGGAAUUACCUCGCCGGAAACCUACUUUACUUCAUCUCCGGCUUUCUCUGGUGCUUCUACAUUUAUUACCUUAAACACAACGUUUACGUCCCCAUAGAUUCCAUUCCUACAAGAAAAGCUAUGAUUCUGCAAAUAUAUGUGUCAAUGAAGGCUAUGCCUUGGUACACUCUUCUUCCAGCUAUCUCUGAGUAUAUGAUCGAGCGUGGCUGGACCAAAUGUUACUCUUCACUCGACCAAAUCAACUGGUUCCUCUGUUUGCUCUACAUCGCACUCUAUCUUGUUAUGGUUGAGUUUGCGAUUUAUUGGGUUCACAAAGAGCUUCAUGACAUUAAAUUUCUCUAUAAGCAUCUCCAUGCAACCCACCAUAUCUACAACAAGCAAAACAUACUCUCUCCAUUUGCUGGGCUCGCACUUCACCCGUUGGAUGGGAUAGCUCAGGCUAUACCGCACGUGAUAGCUUUGUUCAUAGUGCCGAUUCAUCUGAAAACACAUUUGAGUCUUUUGUUUUUGGAAGGGAUAUGGACAGCGAGCAUCCAUGAUUGCAUCCAUGGUAACAUUUGGCCUAUAAUGGGUGCAGGAUACCAUACCAUACACCAUACCACAUACAAUUAUAACUAUGGUCAUUAUACCACUUGGAUGGAUUGGAUGUUUGGCUCUCUUAGGGAUCCUUUAGCAGAAGAAGACAAGUGCUUGAAGGGGAAACUAAAGUGAGAAUGUUUAUUAAAGUGUUUUACGUUUUUCUUCCUGUAUGUUGUUCUUCUCGUGUCUCUUAAGUCUUUCUAAUCACUUUUGUUGGAACUAGAAACGUGACUGCGCACAAUUUGCUGCAAAGUUUCUGACUUUGCUGUUAUUCUUUAAUGCUAAAAUGUUGUGGGUAUACGGAGGAUCAAUCUCUUUCAAUA